CACCGAUUGACACGAGAUAAUACACAUCGCACCAGAAAAUAGUUACAAAAACGAAAAAAAAGUAAUAAAAUAUCUAAAGAAGUAAUAGCGAUUGCAAAAUAUAUCGAGCUCAACACAUUUGUUUACUGCUGCAAAAGGUGUCACUGUGAAUCGGAGUUGGAUUGGCGUAUCAUUUGAGUCAGAGCCGUAGACGAUAGAGGAGCUGAAAAAGAAGAAGAAGAAGAAUAGGAGCGGUCGAAAAAGAUUCCACGUGAAUUUACUGAAUACUAUUAGUCAUAUUAGCGCAGAAAGCUGUUGCCAAAAUGAGCGUUGGCAGUGCAUCAGCUGACGUCAUCCGAAAUAAUCAAUCGCAAGCGGAAAUUUUCAAAUUGAAGAUCGAUCAUUUUGAAGAGUUAUUCGACUGGUUGUCGCUAAACAAUCUAGUGGCACUAAGUAAAACGUGCAAACGAAUGCAACGCAUUGCCGGCUACUACAUCAAGACAACUUAUGCUGCAGUUAAAUUCAAUUGUUUUUUCACCAGCAUUUAUGUGAGAGAUCUUAAAAUGGAUGAAUUGAGUUCAUACAUGAAAAAACUUGCAUACGAUCAAUGUUUAAUUGAGCAUGUUCGUCAUAUGAGAGCAGAUCAGUUCAAAUCGGUCACGGAAAUCCGGUUAAGAAAUGUUACUUUUAGCGAUGUCGGAAUAUCACGCAUAAAGGAGAUUUUGGGUCAACUGGAAACGGUGAAAUUGAUAAAUCCUCGUUUCACCUCUCCGAACCAAGAAUUUUACGUUAGCUUCCUUCAAUACUGCACAAAUGUUAAGAAGCUAUGUAUUCAAUCAAUGAAAAUACCAAUCGUUGGCCGUGACAAUGGAUGGCUUUUGCGACAAUACCCAACACUCGAACAUUUUGAGCUGACAUAUUACGAAUACGGAAACCGAACGGUCGACGAAUUGGCGGAAUUUUUCGAACAGAACACUAACAUCAAAACAUUUGCAACGAAUACGGAUAUUAUUCUAAAGCACAAAAACAUCUUCAAAAAUACUAAAGCUAAAUGGGAUGUGUUGAGUGUUCAAUGGAAUUCUAUUUUUAAAUUCGACUGGUCGCUGGACAUUUUGAAUGAGCUACACGAACGCGGUCUCUUCAGACAGUUGCACGUUUAUUUCGAUGAAAGUUAUCUCGACCAAGGAACCGUCAAUGGGUUGACUUCGUUCAAUGGUCUCACGAAGUUGUUCAUUGGCCCUAUGAAAAAUGGAAUCGAUCUAUCUCCAUUAAUUGGCCUGAAGCAGCUCCACAUUCUCAUGACUGAUAAUAUCACAAAUAAGAGCAUACUGGCCGAGACACUCGUCAAUCUGGAAUUUAUUCAAUUCGUGGAUGCAAGGGUCGAUGACAUUCAUCCGUUCAUUCGUUUCUCGCCUAAUUUGACCAAAAUCAGUGUGUGUCAUCUGAAGGAAAAAGACGGACACACUCUCAACAUUGAACAAUUGAACAAAGAACGAUCGAAAUUGAGCAACGCACGAAAAGUUACCAUUUAUGUUGAAGAACAUGUUUAUUUGGCGGUGAAAUGGGCCAAAAAUCAAACCAAUCGAGGCUUCAUUGAGAUCAAACGAAGCGCAUCAUGUGAUACAUUGAAUCAUAUGCAGGGUACAAAUUUUCUAUUAUAGAAGAAACGAAAGUGCAGCAGCCAAGGGAUAUUGGAAAAAGCAAAAAUUAAUUUUAAGCAUUGAAGUAAUUUUCGUACUAUACGAUCUUAUGUAAAUAAGCUAAUGAAUUGACUGGAGUGGAAGAAAAUUGGACAAAGUAUUCAAUUUAGUCAUUCAUUUAAAAAAAAAAAAAAGGGUGAAAAAUGCUCCGAACAGAAAAAAUCAAUGAAAAUCUGAAAAAAGUGCCCAUUUCUCUCUCAAAUUAUAAUGAAAUUGAAUAAAUUCCAAUGUAAUUGCUCAUAAAUCACAAA